AUGGUCUCAUUAGCCUGCGCAUUCGCAAUCGGGCUAAUCAACGUAAUGUGGACCGUAAUAUUCAGAAACAAAUGGGCCGGGCUUUUUACGGAAGAUAACGGGCUGAAAGCCCUAGUUGCUUCGGUUCUUCCUGUUAUCGGCCUCUGUGAACUUGGAAACUGCCCACAGACGACGGGCUGUGGGAUUCUCCGUGGGGCAGCCAGGCCCGUUGUGGGGGCCCACAUCAACCUUGGCUCGUUCUACUUUGUGGGCCUGCCCGUGGCAGUGGGCCUGGCCUUUGGGCUUGGGGUAGGUUUUACGGGCCUGUGGCUUGGUUUGCUCUCGGCUCAGGUUGCGUGCGCGGUGUCGGUUCUUUACGCGGUGGUGGGCCGAACGGACUGGGAAAACGAGGCCUUGAAGGCCUCCAAGCUUGCUAGAGUUCAGAUGGGCUGCAUUAAAUGUGCUGAUGAUGAGGAGGAGAAAAAAGGAUUGAUGGAUAUGGAGAAAUAA